AAAAUUGCGUGAUCAAUAAAUAUUUUUAUCAAGUUUAUUGUUGUAUUUGGCACAUAUAUUCCAAAGUAUAUCUUGGUUGUAUAACUCAGUCGAAACGCAGAUGAUCGAGGAUGAUGAGUGAUCCAGCCGGGAAGUAAGUAACCGCGAAAGUAGGUGACCCUUGGCAGAAAUUGGAAAAUCAAUAAAGUGUGCGGCGCGGUCAGCGGUGAACCGCGGCACGCGGGGAUCGUGCUGUUUGGAGGUUAUGUCGCGCAUAUAUUACGACACCAACACUCGCGUCGCACGCAGGCUGCCCGUACCCCGUACGUGCUAUUUUCGUUGCGGCGAAAACUGUUUAUUCUCGCUGGUCGUAGGCGCCGCGCGUUACGCACUUAUAAUGCAUCUGAAUGCGAAGAGGAGCUACGAGAGCGCUGUGAGAUAGUAGACAAAAAUGGGCAGGAAGAAGGCUCAUGCAUCAUCCAGGGGUAAACAACAGGGUCCAUCACCGCAACAGAAGCAUAUAUCUGCGGCGAAAAGGAAUGAGCUUAAUGUCCUGUGCGAGAAACUCUUUCAUCUGAGUAGUAACCCAGCGUACGUAACGCAAUCAUGGAACAACUACUUGGAUAUAUCAGAAGUUCUGCUGAAGGUUAAACGUCUGGAGGAGAUGAAGACGGAAUCAUCUCAGCGAUCCCAGGGGAUUGUACAAUUCAUAAAUUGGCUGACAGAGAAUGGGGCGCAGGUGGAUGGCUUGAGUAUCGCCGAGUUUCCAGGAUAUGAUCUAGGACUGAAGGCGGAGACUGACUUUGCUGAGAACCAAUUGAUCCUAGAAAUACCUAGGGCGCUCAUCUUCAGCACGUAUACUGCAGCAUCAGAAUUGACUAUUCUACAAAAUGAUCCACUGGUGCAGCAUAUGCCACAAGUGGCUUUGGCCAUAGCGCUUCUCAUAGAGAGAUACAAGGAGAAUUCUAAGUGGAAGCCUUACUUAGAUAUGCUUCCAAGCAGUUAUAAUACAGUUUUAUACAUGAAGACUAAUGACAUGAUUGAGCUGAAAGGCAGUCCUACAUUAGAGGCUGCAUUGAAACAAUGUCGAAACAUCGCAAGGCAAUAUUCCUACUUUAACAAAGUAUUUCAAAAUACCAACAACGCCGUCUCAGCAAUACUUAGAAACAUUUUUACUUACGAAAGAUAUUGCUGGGCAGUUUCCACGGUGAUGACGAGGCAGAACCUGGUUCCAAGUCCCGAUGGUUCACGCAUGAUCCACGCUUUAAUCCCGAUGUGGGAUAUGUGCAAUCACGAGAACGGAAGGAUUACGACGGACUUCAACGCGACUUCGGAUCGCUGUGAGUGCUACGCGUUGAGGGACUUCAAGAAAGGAGAACAGGUGUUCAUAAGUUACGGUCCGAGAACGAACUCCGAUUUCUUCGUGCAUUCGGGCUUCGUCUGCAUGGAUAACGAACAAGAUGGCUUUAAGCUUCGUCUUGGUAUUAGCAAAGCGGAUUCUCUUCAGAAAGAACGAAUAGAACUAUUGAGCAAACUAGAUUUGCCGUCAGUAGGAGAAUUUUUACUGAAACCUGGUACGGAGCCGAUCUCCGAUACGCUAUUAGCCUUCUUGCGAGUGUUUAGUAUGCGAAAAGCCGAGCUCACACAUUGGUUACGCUCGGACAAGGUCUUCGACCUGAAACACGUAGACUGUGCGUUGGAGACAGUCGUCGAGGAGAAUGUCAGAAAAUUUUUGCUGACCAGACUGCAGCUUUUAAUCGCUAAUUAUCCUACAACAUUGAAGGAGGAUCUAGAAUUACUGGAAACAACGUUGCCGCAGAUGAAAAAAAUGGCAGUUCAAUUGAGGGUCACAGAAAAGAGAAUUCUUUCGGGUGCACUCGAAUACGUAGAACAAUGGAUAAAGGCUUAAAAAACGAUCGGCUGUGGUUUGGCGAGGGUGUCGAACACAUAUUUACAGUUAAAAGCAUCUCGAGAAAAAUCAACUUUAUUUUUACAAUAUUUCCGAACGAUUUCAAAUAUAAAAGUAAAGUAUAUAGAGAGAUAUAUAUAUAUAUAUAAUAUAUAUAAAAGUGGACGAAUUAUAUGUAAUAAAGCGUAUAUUUAUCGUCUGUUAAAUAUGCAAACUCUUCAUUUGGUCGACGUGUGUGCGCGUACUAAUUAUAAGAAAAAAAUGCAUUGUAAAAUAUAUUGAGAAUUAUAUGAAUGAUCAAUUAUAUAUGUGUGUCUAUGUGAUAUAUAAUGUAAUUGUAUAAUAAUUGUGUGCUCAGCAAAUAUCUUAAUUCUUGUUUUUGUAGAAUGGAGACUUUCAAUAAGCUUCUUCGUAUUUGUUUUUUAUAAAAUUGCGUACCGACUCAAAUAUCGAUCAUUAGAGAGAAUGAGAGAUCGAAUGAUUCUGAUCUAUAACUACGAGAAUUAAUAUUCUACUUGCUCUGCUUGAUAUAUAACAUUUUAAAAAAAGAUAUUCAUACAAAAGAGAAUACUGUUAAUGAAUAUUUAUUUUUCAGAACGAAUACAUAACAGAUACCUGAAGGUCUUGAUAUGAAACUAUAUAUAUAAUAGCGUAGGCCUACGACAUUAGACUUGCAUACGCCAUAAAACAUUUAAAACAUUUCCUGACGCACGAGUGAAUUUGAACGACCCGCGUAAAUACAACCCUGCGAGGUGUUUCCGAGUGCAUUAUAAAUCGUGUUUAACUUCGUGAUCUCGUUAACUGUAUAAAUCGUUGCGAGACGAUAAUAGUAUCGCGCGUCUCACGCAUUGAUUAGAUCUCUAGGAAAUGCCAGAUUUCGCGAAACGAAAUUAAUUAAAAUUAACGAAGCUAAUUGUAACAAAAUGCUAUGAUCAGGCUACAGCAGGACUGAUAGCUCGGAAUAUCGCUUUUUUAAAUAUAUUUCAAUAUAAGAAUAAUUAAAAGAAUGUUACAUAAACAUAAAUCAUUUGACAUAUACGUAAUAUAUACGAUGAGAUUUUAAACCUAUAAUGUGAUCAAGUAUGUAUAUCUUUACAAGCUGUAAGAAAAUUCAUUGCAUCUGCGAUGCAAUUUUUUGAAUGAAUAAUUUGCAUAAAGUAAACAUCAAGUGUGAUAGCGGAAUGUAUUUACAAAUUUAAUUUGUAUUGACGUGCGUUGCUCGGAAAAUUCAGGAA